AUGAUGAUUACAUUCCACAUGAGAGUUUUGUUCUUUUUCCUUUGGAUCUUUCUCUCUUCAUUUGGUAAAAGCCUGUUAACCUGUGAAACAACAUCACCACAUGAUUCUAGCUACCGUUGUAAUGAAAAUGAGUUACAAAAUCAUCAUUGUGAAACAUUUGCACUCUUUUUCACAAACUCUCACUUUUCCUCCCUCUCCAACCUCACCCUAUACUUAGGACUCAACAGGUUUUCCAUAGCAGAAACCAAUGGCUUCUCUGCACAAACUGAGUACCUUCCUCAAAAUCAUCCUCUUCUUAUACCAAUUGAUUGCAAGUGCAAAAAAGGUGGUUAUUUUCAAGCUGAAUUAACAAAAUCUACCAUCAAAGGUGAGAGUUUUUAUGACAUUUCUCAAUCACUUGAAGGCUUAACUACUUGCAAGGCUAUUAAAGACAACAACCUUGGUGUCUCACCUUGGAACCUUGAUGCUAAACACAAAUUGAUCAUCCCUUUGAAAUGUGCUUGCCCUUUUUCUUCUUUUGUCAUACCAAAACCAAAACUUCUUCUUUCUUAUCCUAUAAGUGAAAAUGAUACUAUUUCAAAUUUGGCCUUAAAGUUCCAUAUUACAAAAGAAGCUAUUCUUAUUGCCAAUAACUUUUCAUCAUCAUCAUCUCAAGUUCUUAGAACUAGAAGCUUAGAGCCUUUUACCUCUAUUCUAAUUCCAUUGAAUGGUAACCCUUUCUUUGAGCCUUUAACUAAACCAAAACAACCCAACUCAGAUUUCCCAAGAACCAACAAUAUUACAGGAACUAGGCCACAUAAGAAGUCAAAAAUGAAAAAGAGUGAGCUUUUUAUUGGCCUAAUUGGUGUUGCAAUUGGAGUUUCCUUUGCUUUAAUAGUAACCUUUUUCUUCAUUUGGUUGAAGAAAACAAAGGUGGAAGAAAAGUCAUGCAAAGAAAGAGAUAUGGAGCUACAACAUUUGAAUCAAAGUGUGAGAACCACAAGUGAUAAGAAAGUUUCGUUUGAGGGGUCACAGGACACUCUUGAUAGUAAAAUCAUCGAUGCAAUGCCACGUAAGAUGUUGUUGGAGACAUACACAAUUGAAGAUUUGAGAAAAGUAACAGAAGACUUCAGUUCAAAUUUUCAUAUUGAAGGGUCAGUUUUCCAUGGUUGUUUAAAUGGUAAGAACAUGGCAAUCAAAAGAGUAAAAACCGAAAUGCUGUCAAAACUAGAACUUGGCCUUUUCCAUGAUUCACUUCAUCAUCAUCCAAACAUAUUGAACCUUCUUGGUUUAAGUAUAUCAGAAGAGUCAACAGAGUCAGAAUCUUUUUUAGUUUUUGAGUAUGCUAAAAAUGGUUCAUUGAAAGAUUGGCUUCAUGGUGGCUUGGCCAUCAAGAAUCAGUUCAUUGCUUCUUGCUAUUGUUUUUUAAAUUGGAACCAAAGGCUUAGAAUUUGUGUUGAUGUAGCUAGUGCUUUGGAUUACAUGCACAAUGUUAUGAGUCCAAGUUAUGUGCAUAGAAAUGUGAAGAGUAGGAACAUCUUUUUAGAUGAAGAGUUUGGUGCUAAGUUAGGAAAUUUUGGGAUGGCAAGUUUUGUUGUGAAUGAAACUGAGGACCCUCAAUUUUAUUCAAGUAAUUAUGCUUCUUGGAGUAUUGGUUAUUUAGCACCUGAAUAUGUUCACCAAGGUGUAGUUUCAACAAGCAUUGAUAUCUUUGCUUUUGGUGUGGUUUUGUUAGAAGUUUUAUCUGGUCAAACACCUAUAAAUGGAUCAAGUGAUAGAGGGGAAGGAAGUGUUUGGCUUAGUGACAAAAUAAAGAGUACUUUGAAGACAGAGGAGAAUAAUGUGAAUGAAUUACUAAGAGAGUGGAUAGACAGUGCAUUAGGUGAGAAUUACUCAUUUGAUGCAGCUUUGAAAGUUGCUAAUAUUGCAAAAGCUUGUGUGGAGGAAGAUGCAUGUUUGAGGCCUAAUGCAAGAGAAAUUGUUGAGAAGCUAUCAACAUUGUUGGAGGAAUUACCAAAUGAGGAAAAUCAAAUUUUGAUGACUGAAAAUUCUUGCAAACCUCUUGUGGAUAUGUGA